UUUUUAAUGUAUUUGAAAUUUCAUAUACAAAUAUUUAAUGAAUGUCAUUUGUGACAUUUCAUAAUUAUUAUACGUGGUGUUUAAUUAUAAAUUAUUUGUCUUUAUAUUGUUUAAUUACGUUUAAAUUAUGAGUGUUGAUAGCGAAAAUAAAUCAAAUGAAGCUAUUGUUUCAUUUUCACCAUCAGCAGAACAGGAAAAUACAAAUAAUGGAAAUAUUGCAGAAAAUAUAACCCCAGAAAUGGUGCUACGAUUACCUACGAUUACUGAUAAAUAUUUAUGUUCUCCUGAGGCAAACGUUUAUGACAUAGAUUUUACAAGAUUUCAAAUUAGAGAUUUAGAAACGGGAGCAAUAUUAUUUGAAAUAACAAAACCACCAAUUACUGAAUGUGAUUUAAACCAAGAUGUAGAAUCAGAAAUUGAAGAAUCUGGUUGUGAAGAUGCUAAUACUGGUCGUUUUGUACGGUAUCAAUUUACACCUCAAUUUCUUAAACUAAAGACUGUAGGAGCUACAAUUGAAUUUCUGGUGGGUUCUAAGCCAGUAAAUAAUUUUCGAAUGAUUGAACGUCAUUUCUUUCGAGAUAGAUUAUUAAAAACUUUCGACUUUCAAUUUGGAUUUUGUAUACCAAACAGUAAGAAUACUUGUGAACACAUUUAUGAAUUUCCUACUUUACCUGCUGAUUUGGUUUCUGAAAUGAUUGCAAAUCCAUUUGAAACACGUUCAGAUUCAUUUUAUUUUGUGGACAAUCAAUUGGUAAUGCAUAAUAAAGCAGAUUAUGCAUAUAAUGGUGGACAUACACACGAUGUACUUUAGUAGGUAAAGUUAGUAUUUGCACUUUGCAAAAGAAUUGUGAUAAUAGUGGCAAAUAUUUAGCUAAUUUAAAAUUAUAAUUCUAUUUUUUUUUUUACACAUAAUUGUAAUUUUCUUAAAUUUUCAUACUAAUAUUUAAAUAUUGAAUUUACAUAAUGUGAUCAAAGUUCAAAAGU